AUGAGACUCGGCCGGUCCACCUUGAUGGCCAUGGCUGUGGUCGUGGUUAUGCUUCUUGCUGCGGCUGAGGCCCGUCAAGCGCAGCAGCUAGAUGGCGUUUGGUAUGAGUCCCUCUCGGCUUCUGACUGCAAAUCCUUCAAGGGAGAGAGAAAUGAACCAUCGACUAGCCAAGCUAUACCUGCCGUAUUUCGUAACGGCGCCUGGAGUCCCGGCCAUUCCACCAGCCGCAACGCCUACAUAGCUGCAUUGCUAUCCAAGGAUGUGUACUUCAAGCACGUGAUUGAGCCACAUGCCGGUCGAGCCGCGCGCCAUAACUUCACUCUCUUCGCGCAGCUAUUUUGCCGCGCUAUGGUCCACCUGGGCGCCGAUGAUUGCGAGGUGGCGGCGGGUGCUGAGGCUCUAGUGUGGGCAGUGGUCCGAGCGGGGCCAUCAGUAAUGCUGGUAGUGAGGGGAUCCAACAGCCCGCAGAACUGGAUUACCGACCUGGCUUCCUUCCGUCGUAUCAAUGUGGCAGAUUUCGGCGGGGGAGUCCGGGGCACGAAUGUGGCGCAAGGGUUUUACCAGGUGUUCGCUGCCAAUCGGCGACACAUCAUAAAUCGAGUGCGCGCUGCCAUGGAUACGGCGACUGAGGCAGCCGCCGCAGCAGCGGCAGCAGUUGCUCCCUCAACCGUUGGCGGCCGCGGGAGCGGCGCGUACGGCAGCGUCGUCAGCGAUGACGGCCACGAUGGCCACAGCCCACGGCUGUGGGUGUUCGGCCACAGCUUGGGUGGCGCAGUAGCGCUCAUGGCAGCGUCGUAUCUUGCCGUACAGGAAGGUCUGACUCCAACCGGCGUCUACACGUUCGGCUGCCCCCGUGCGGGAGAUCACACCUGGGAACAGGCCUACAAGUUGCAUGACGUCACGCUGAGGCUUGAGAAUGCGGGCGACAUCGUCCCCGCGCUGCCUUUCGGUUCCGCCUGGCGGCACGUGGGCUCGGCGGCGCCUAUCCAGGCCUGCAGGAGCUUGCAACCGCAGCCGCCGCCGCCGCCGCCCGUCACGGCGUUAGUUACAGCGGCGGAAGGAGAAACUGUUCGGCAGCUUCGCGGCGCGGACGAGGGUGCCGGCGGUCGUGAGGACGACACGAUUGUGGCGACAGCGAAAGCCGAGUCCAACGGCAUGGGGACGGCAACCGACGUAGCAUUUCCAUUUCCCCCCCGGUCUUUCCGAGACCAUUGGGUGCAAACUUACGUGCUGGUGAUGUGGUCGUGUCUGCCCGAGUCCGACCAGGAUCUGGUUCCGGGGCCGGAAGAUCUGUACGACAGGCUUGACACAGAAGUUGCAUGA